CAAGGUGUAAGCUGGUAUAUAAGGCAGCAGUGCGUCACAAGGUGUAAGCUGGUACAUAAGGCAGCAGUGCGUCACAAGGUGUAAGCUGGUACAUAAGGCAGCAGUGCGUCACAAGGUGUAAGCUGGUACAUAAGGCAGCAGUGCGUCACAAGGUGUAAGCUGGUAUAUAAGGCAGCAGUGCGUCACAAGGUGUAAGCCGUCACUGGUCCAUACAGCCAACAACAGCAGCAGCUCUGGUGGCGCUAAAAUGAACUGGAAAUUAGAAGCAGAUUCCUAUAUUCCAUGUGGGAGAUGUAACAUUUGGCUGCCAAAUUAUGCCAAAGAAAUACACACUGCAGAAUGUCAUGUAUUAAAGCUCCCGGCAUUUUCUCAUCCAUAUAUAUUUGGUUCUUCCAUGUUUGCUCAUACUCUUACAAUUGGAAGAGUUGAGACAUCACUAAACAAGAGCAAGAGUAAUGAGGCCAUGGAAGAAGGAAUGAGGAAAGGCAAGAUGAAGGGAGGAAGUCUUCAAGAUGAGGGAGAUGAGAGAGAAUAUUCAAGAACAAUCAAAGAAAGCUUAGGUGUUGGAGACUUCCUUAACUCCACACUGGAGGAACCAGGUUGGUUCUUAACUGCACACUAGAGGAACCAGGUUUGUUUUUAACUGCACACUAGAGGAACCAGGUUGGUUCUUAACCUUUUGACUGUUUCGGCCGUAUAUAUACGU